GUUUGUUUGACAUUUGACAUUACAUGUCAAAAUUGUUGAAUAAGCUCGGUGAACAAAAAAAUAACAUUAUUCAAUUUCAAUAAAUAAUUGAUUAGGAUUACAGUCCAUACAAGCAAGAUAUCAUCGACUGUCUUUGAUACGUUGUAGUUUUAGAUAGGGGUACUUAUGUCUCGUUUGUAAGUUAUAUUGUAUCAAAAUAAUAUAGGCAAGGAUGUCGCUGUACGACGAUCUUGAUACAAUCAAAGCUCGUACCACCGAAAAGGUUGCUGGAUGGUCUUCUGGUAUCAAGUUAUUACAGUCUCAAUUGCAAUUAAAAAAAGCAGCAGUUACCCAGCCCAAGCGCGAGGCUUUACGGCGUUCCACGCAGGUUCUGACUCCUGUGAUAGAUUUGAAAAGUAAACCAAAAGAUGAUGACGAAUCUAACUCCAACAGUCCCAAGAGUCAAGGCAAAACAUUGACAGCAUCACUGAAUGUUCGUGAUUUUGAUUGGAAUGUGGCUAAUGAAUAUGACCCCAUGUGGCCUAAUGACUAUGAAAAAGUUGCCAAAGAAAUACAGGCAAAGAGAUUGCAGCUUGAUGGAGACCGAGGUGAUCGAUCAGAACGGAAACGAAAAAGCAGAUUUGGGGAUGAAGAAGAUAUUAUACCAGAAAAAACGAUGGUGGCUAUGCAACCAGAAGAAGAAGAAGCAGAGGAGAUAUCAAAGCGGUCAGCAGGUGCUGCGAUAGCGCCGCCCCCUUCACUCACAGUGGAGACACCUUCCCCUCCCCCCAUGCCACCGAGCAUGCCCACACCUCCCCCAUCAGUUGGCUUCUCUAUCGGUGGAUAUGGCGCAAGCUCUGUUGCUGCUAAAAUUAUGGCUAAAUAUGGUUUCAAGGAAGGUCAAGGUUUGGGUAAAAAAGAACAAGGAAUGUCAGUGGCUCUGCAAGUUGAAAAGACUUCCAAACGUGGGGGUCGCAUUAUUCAUGAGAAAGAUGGUGGCAACGUUAUGCCCCCUCCUGGAUUCGCCAUGCCCUCCCUGCCAGGUCCAGAUUCACCAAAUGCAUCUAAUUCUCCACAUUCACUCAACCGGGAGCCUUCUAUCACAGAGAUAAUGAAGUCACCCAGCAAAGUAGUGUUAUUAAGAAAUAUGGUUGGACCAGGAGACGUAGAUGAAGAAUUAGAACCUGAAGUCAAAGAUGAAUGUAACACAAAAUAUGGAGAUGUUAUAAAAGUGUUAAUAUUUGAAAUGCCCAAUGCUCCAUCAGAUGAAGCAGUCAGAAUUUUUGUUGAAUUCAAAAGAAUCGAAAGUGCUAUCAAAGCAGUUGUUGACUUGAAUGGGAGAUUUUUUGGUGGCAGACAAGUUAAAGCAGGAUUUUAUGACGUAGAAAAAUUCGCCUCCCUGCAGCUGACUGAAUAAUAAUUUACUGUAGUAAAUAAA